UUCGCUACCGUGCAACGAUUAAAUUUAAAACGUUUAGUUUAAAACAGUUGCAAGACUUUGAAAUUGUACAAUCUUAUGUGUUUAAUGAAACUUAAUAUUGCACGGUUAUCGAACGAAAAGGACAGUUUCUGUUUUUAUAAUAAUGCGGAGCAGCUCUGUAGAUCGUAGAUCAUCCACGAAUCCCGUAAGAAUAUCUGUGAUUGAGAGGGAACAUAGAAGUUCGAUACGGGGUGAUUCGAGAAGGACUCAAAAUAUUAAACAAAAGAAUUCUGUUUCUUCGAUCGAAAAUUCUCAUAUACCCAGACCUCGAGCCCAAUCAUGCGACAGAUUGAGUAACAGAGGAACAAAUUUGAAGGAAAUAGGGAAAACCUUAAUUCGUCAUGGAUCAACGACUCCAAAGACACCUGCUAAAACUGCUUCCAAACAGUCUGUGUUCCUUUCUGUUGGAAAUUCUAACAGAAUUCAUUCUGCACUUCCAACUGGACGUAGGUCUUUAUCCUCAGAUCGUGCUAGUAGUGGCUUAAAGAGUACCAAGAAAGACACAAGACCUCUAUCAGACAAGGUGUAUCAAGCUCACAUGCUUCAAAAAAUCGAUACAUACUUUAAUGAUAAUGGACUUACUUCAAUGCUUAAUAAUAAUGGUAGCAUAAAACCUGUUACUUUGAAAAUAUUUGUAGAAGUUUCUGCUUAUUUGAUAAAAAUGCUGAAUAUUAAACAGACACUUACAAUAUCUAAUUAUGUGGAAGAAUUGCCAAAAAUUGCAAAAAAACUUCAUUAUCCUGGUGUUAUUGCUAAAUCUUGGUUAAAAACUGCUAAUGCCAUGCACUCAUUGCCAAAUGUUUUAGGCUGGAUUUGCUGGUUAGUAGAAAUUUGUGAAGUAAGGGAAAUAGCUCUACAGAAAUAUAAUUUAGAGAAUUUGCCCUUUGUGGGUAGUGAAAAGCAAGCAAAUUUUCAUAAACAUGCUCUGUUUUCAAUGUUUGAUUUGUAUAAUGCUUGGAAUGAUGCAAAACUUGAGGAAGAAGAAGCAUUGGUUGACAAAUAUUUGCAAGGAAUUGAGCAACAAGGUAUCAGUGAAGAGGAUUUCUCUAAUGCACGUUUCGAAUUGGAAAAGGAAACUGAAAAACUGCAGGCAGUCGAAGAAAAUGCAAAUAAAAUUGAUGCAGAAGUAAACUAUUUACGAGAAGUGUUGUCAUCUUUACAAAGUGAUGAAGAGAAGCAAUUAAGUGACAUAAAUGCAAGAGAAGAGUAUAUAGCAACAGUUACUUUUGAAGCAGAUCAAUUAGAAACAGAGUGCAAUUCAUUGUGCGAACAAAUUCGUUUACAAAAUGAACAUCAUGACGAAUUACUUUCAGCCAUUAAACAGCAAUCAAUGUCUAAAGCAGAAAAAGAUAAAAUAUUAGAGAAAUGUACGGAACUGCAAAAUUAUACACAUCAAUUUGAUAAACAUUUGGAAGAUAUACAAAAAGAACUUUACACAAUGGACAUAAAAUUAGCAUCUAUUAAUAACAAUCUAACUAAAGAGGUUUUAACAUACAAUAAAGCAAUUAUUAUGCACAUUAACAGUGAUAUGGGUGUAAAUAUAGAAGAAUUGAAAAUGCCAGAAAAAGGUAUACUACAUCCCCAAAUUAUGGAUAUAUUAAAUGCUAAAGCUGAUUUAAUGAACAAUCUAAAAGAAUCAAUAAAAAGAGAAAUUGUUGAGAAAGAGUGUUCAGUGCGAUUAUAUUCCAAUGAAUUAGAAAAUCUUCAGGAGAGAAUGAAAAUUUUAGAAGAUGAAAGUAGUGAUCUAGCUAAUGAUAUUAAAGAAAAACAAAAUUUUAUAAAUAAAAUUAAAACUGAUGCUAAAAAUGAAACAACAAAAUUAAAGGAACAAAUAAAAGCUCUGCAGGAGACCAUUAAAGAAAUUCAAGAUUCAAUGCCAGAUAGACAGAGGGUUACAGCAGAAUUGGAAGAGGCAAUUGACAAACUAGAUGCAGUUCGUAAAAGAAUGAUGUAUCUAAAAGAAUCUACUAACUUUAUUUUCGAUAAAUUUUACGAAACCGUAGGUGAGCACAGAAAUGAAGUUUGCAAUAUACUAAAGAAACUUGAUAAAUAAUAUAAAUGUAUUUAAUGAAACACUUGAUGUAAUAUAACUUAAUUCUAUGUACAAAUAUGUAAUAUUACGAUUAAUUAAAGAACGAAAU